AGUAAAGCAGGUUGCAGCUGGCGAUGACAUGAGUAAAGAUUGAUUCUUAAAUUAUGCGGAGUUGUAGUAUUUGCAUUUGUUGGUGCUCUCCUUCCUGCUUCGUGUUGCCUGAAGGACCAGCACCUUUUUCAACCAGUGUAAAAAGAUGAAGAAAUUGAUCAAGAUGAAGGGUAAGCUUGAGACGAUGCAGAUGGCAUCUUCAAGCGCCAACGCUGUCGAAGCGACCAUUGAGGAUAUUGUCGAUCCCGGUUAUUGGCGAAAUUUAGUGCCGUUUUUGACGGUACGUGUGGGAGAAGACCACGUUUUUCAAUUUUCUCAACAGCAAGAACACGAUUUCGCACACCAUGACAUUAGCACACAUCAGCAUAUGGUGCGCACACAUGGCUACACCGUCGUUAGACCGGAUGAGAUGAUGCCUUCUGACGCUGAUAAUAUUGACAAUGUUCUUGACAAUGAAUCCACUUUCACCUCCUCCUCAAGUGCUGUUGCAGCUUCUUCUUCCUCAACAUCUUCUUCGUCCUCCUCUCAACAAGAAGAGGCUUGUUGUUCUGGUAUAAUCAAGAACAAGGCAACAAGAUACAAAGCUUUGAUCCAAAGGCUUUCCUCAGCUGCGUUUAUUCUCCACGAAAAUGGCUGGCCGGCGCCGGCUACCUUUUUAGCCGUCUAUGACGAAGCUUGGGAACUUGCUCAGAUCUGUCAGCGUUGGAUGGACCUCCUGACUGGAAAGCAGAACCGUUUUUGCUUCGACAUAGUCGGCUUUCACGUAGUGGACGGUGCUGGGUUUUCUCCGCACAGGGAUCGGCAACCUGAAGAUUGGAUGCCCAAAGGACAUCUGUCGGAAGAUCCACGAACGACUUUUAGCCAGAAAGAUGGGAUGGCAAGGUACUUGACGUGUUGGGUAGCUUUGACAGACGCAACGCCGGAGAAAAGUUGUCUACACUACGUUUCCGCAACCGUGGAUCCCGGCUACUAUGACGGGGAUGCGGCGGAUGAAGACAAUUCCUCUAGUAGUUAUUCUUCUACUAGAGGAGCUGGAGCAGCUCCUGGUCCGAUGGAAAAAAUUUUCAAAGAAAAGGAUGCUUUCCAGAAAAUCUUUUGCGCAUCCGUGAAUGCCGGAGGUUUUUGUUGCCACACACAUCGAGUGGUGCAUUGGGGAAAUCAAGGGACGAUAGGGGAACUACAGAGGAGAAGAAGCGAGGAUGCUGUUGGAGGUGGUGACCAUGACGCCAGAGUUGCGAUAUCCUUUGCUUUUACCAACAACAAAGGGACAUCCUUCGAACCGCCGAAUUUGUUACCACGACAAGGUGAAGAUGUCACGGUAGACAGGAUCAGGACUAACAGCGCAAGUAGCGCUAACAGCAAUUAUAUCAGUUGUAACGUUGUCACUCCUCCAAGCGACUUCGGCGUUCGAGUUGCUCUUUGCGCUGCACAAGUCAUCAACUAUUCGACGCUUUCCCUUGGCGACCCACGGGGUUGGCGCACCCUAGCUGGCAAGCAACUUGGAAAGAAGGAUUUGCUGAAAUUCUAUAGAGUUUUUCAGAGAAAAGAGUCCCUGUUUCAUGCUCACUAUAGGAAAGAAAUAUCAGGGAAGUUCGUUGCGGUAUCAUUAGAAGUGACGACCUGUGGUUCGCCUGGUCCUUGCGCAACGACGAGCUGCAGAACUACAACAGGCUCAUCUUCAUCAUCCGCAAUGGAAGCCACUAGCACUAGUAGUUCUUGCAGUACCUCCGCGGCACUGUCUAGUACGACAGCCACAGUACUAUCUUCCUCUUCAUCCAGCACUAAAAAGAGGAAGAAAGUCGCCACCAUGAAGAAGAAAAAGAGAAAAGCCACCCCAGGAGGUAGUUCCACCAAGAAGAAGAAGAUUAUCGGAAUAUCUUCGAAACCGAAAGGAUCUCUCCAAGAACAAGAUUCUGGCGACGACCUCGAAGACGCUGCUCUUGAGGCGAUGCUUGAUGCCGAAAUGGGUACGAAGUCGAUCCUGUUCCAUGAUGAUUUUGAUUUGUUGGCGGCGCAGGGAGGUUGUUAGGGAUCCAAAUCCCUGUUGACCUCGUGCAUUCUUCGACAACCCCCAACUGUUGUGCAUCCCUUCGGACAACUUUUCCCGAUUUAUUCCAGUGAUAUACGGAUUCUCAUGAUCAUGAAGGAACACAUAUUAUCGCGAUGUCUCUAUCUUCAUGACAUAGUCAUUUUAUCGCGACUCAUCGCCAUGCCAC